UCCCGCCCUAGGAAUUCCGAUGCAGCGGGAAAGUCGUGCGGCCGUUCAGUAAAGUGCGAAACUACGAAUCGAACCUUAGCUUCUCUGCUGGUGGCUGCCUCCACAGGUCGACAUCACCCAAGAUCGUCUCCGCCCUGAAACUGCGUGCACCAUUUCACUUGCGCACCGUCGACCCUCGACUCGAGUGACGUCGAAUCCGGAAGGCGGCCAUAGCACCAAAGAAGCACUGCUUGGCCAGCGGCAAAAAUUCAAACCCCCACGAACUCUCACGCGAUCAACCACUGCCGGAAUCUUCCACGCCGGCAACCCCAAAACCGGCCGCCGCUUCAGACCCAAUUCGGCUGCUACAUGUCUCGGCUAUCCAUUCUGCCCUCGUCCACCUCCAGAUCGUUGAUACAACGGCUGUCACGCAGUAAAGAUGGCCCCAAAGACUAACGGCGUCGGCAUCCAGCCCGAGGACACGCGCAUCUGCGUUGUCAUGGUUGGCCUGCCGGCCCGAGGCAAAAGCUACAUUGCGCAGAGAGCCCAGCGCUACCUGAAGUGGCUGUCGAUCCCAGCGGCGACCUUUAAUGUGGGAAACUAUCGCCGCUGCGAUGCGCCUCAUCCGUCGGCCGACUUCUUCGACACCAACAACGCCGAGGGCGAGCGAAAGCGCCGUGCAGCCGCCGAAGCCGCAGUGUCGGACAUGUUGAAGUGGUUCAAGAGCGGCGGCGUCGUGGGCAUUUUGGACGCGACCAACAGCACAAAGGAGCGCCGCAAGUGGGUGCUCGACCGCAUUGGCAGCGAGGGCAUCGAGGUCCUGUUUGUCGAGUCCAAAUGUGACGACGAGGAACUCAUCAUGGCCAACAUCCGCGAUGUUAAGACCACCAGCCCGGAUUACGUCGGUCAGGACCCUGAGGAGGCAGCGCGGGACUUCCGCAACCGCAUUCGGAACUACGAGAAGGUCUACAAGUCCAUCAACGAGGACGGCGACGAGGAUCAUUUGACCUACCUCAAGAUCAUGAACGUCGGCAAGCAGGUCUUUAUCAAUCGCAUCAAGGACUAUCUGCAGAGCCGCGUUGUCUACUACCUUAUGAACCUGCACAUCCGCCCGCGCUCUGUGUGGCUCUCUCGGCACGGCGAGUCUAUGCUCAACCUCGAAGGUCGCAUCGGCGGAGAUUCCCCGCUCUCGCACCGCGGCGAAGAGUAUGCGUGUAAGCUCCCAGAGCUCGUCCUCGAGUCUGUCGGUAGCGACCGCCCGUUGACGGUCUGGACAUCGACCUUAAAACGGACCAUUGCCACGGCGCGCCACCUGCCCAAGCAUUACAACCAGCUGCAGUGGAAGGCACUGGACGAGCUCGACGCUGGCGUGUGCGAUGGCAUGACAUACCAGGAGAUCGCCGACAUGUACCCAGAGGACUUCCAGGCGCGCGACGAGGAUAAGUACAACUACCGAUACCGCGGCGGCGAGAGCUACCGCGACGUGGUGAUUCGGCUGGAGCCCAUCAUCAUGGAGCUGGAGCGCAGCGAGGACAUUCUCAUCAUCUCGCACCAGGCCGUGAUCCGGUGCAUCUAUGCCUACUUUAUGCAGAAGUCGCAGGAGGAGAGCCCCUGGGUCCCCGUGCCCCUGCAUACCCUCAUGAAGCUGACCCCGCGGGCCUACGGCACCGAGGUGCAGACAUACCGUGCUAACAUUAAGGCUGUCAGCACCUGGCGUGGCAAGGGCAGCACGGCUAAACAUGAGGAUCCCACCCCGGAGGGUGGCAUUUGAGUUGCACGCUGUUGCAU